AGUUCCGUUUCGUGGCUGAGCAGGGUCAGCGGCGUCACAAUUGGAUCCGAACAGUCGCGGGAUGGAGCCGCUGGUCUGUACGCUGUGCACGAGGGUCGCAGGUAUGGAAAGCAAACAAUUCAAGAGCUGGUCCGGGUGGAGGGCGCUAGGGCAAGCCGUAUUUGGAUAGGCGCUGGACCGGCGGUCCAGUGGGUCGCGUCGCGCGCCUGCACCGUGAGACUGCUCGCCAACAUGGCGCUCUCGACUGUUGAUGCCGAGACCGCGACCGCCCUGAGAAACGCCGUGCGCGAUUGUAGCGAGAGGGGGUUGCUUUCCGCGUCCAAAUGGGCAUCCGAGCUACUUCUUUCCUUGCCAGCCUCCAAAAGACAGCCAUCGGCCUCAACGCAGACUUCAGUACCGCAUGCGGGUUCUCCUCCUCGGCCACCACCAGUCACGCAUGCUGGCGCCUCUACAGUAUCAGCUUCACAUCCCCCAGCUCCGGUCAUUCAGCCGAGACACCCCCAUGCACCUCCAUUGAGCCCACUUCCGGACAAGACUCGCCUGCAGGAGCUCGAGUGGGAGGCGCAGGAUGCUGACCACAUUGCUGCAGCCAGGGCCAUGAUUGAUGCUAAGGAUUUGGCUGGCGAGAAGCAAGCACUGAAGGACUGGUACAAGCUCGACAUACCUAUCAACACGUCACUACUGGACCUCUUGGAGAUGGUGAAGAAUGCGACGGACCCGUUCUUGCUAUUCUUAAAGGCUUUAUUCCUACGUCGACUAUCACGGCGCGAGGAAGCCAUUGAGAGCGCCCUCCUAUCAAUCGCCGCAUAUCCUUGGAACUGGUCAGCUUGGACUGUCCUUGGAGAAUGCCUCGGAGACGGAGAAGAGAUGUUCCAAGUCAAGACUCUGAACACACUGCAUAGUCCCACUGACAAUGAGCUGGGUCUUUGUGACCGCUUACUGAGCGAAGACUUCUUCCCCCGAAGUCUAUGGGUCAUGUCACUUCGCGCCUGUGUUCUGUACCACAUGCAUGAUUUCCAGGAGGCAGCAGAUCAGUUCACAAAAGUUUUAGCCAUCGAUCCGUACAGGAUAGAUGAUAUUGACAUUUAUUCUAAUAUCCUAUAUGUGACUGAGGACCAUCGCGCGUUGUCAAGGAUUGCCCACGAGUUCACCGUUAUCGACAAGGAUCGACCAGAGGUGUGCUGUCUCAUCGGCAACUACUACUCGUUGCGCAACGAGCAUGAAAAGGCCAUCAAGUACUUCAAACGUGCCACUCAGCUAGAUCGGACAUAUCUUUCCGCAUGGACGCUCAUGGGCCAUGAAUAUGUGGAGACGAAAAAUUCACAUGCAGCUAUCGAAGCCUAUAGAAAAGCUGUUGACGUAAGCCGGAAGGAUUACAGAGCUUGGUAUGGUCUGGGUCAGGCCUAUGAGCUGCUGAGUAUGCAUCAAUACGCCCUGCACUACUAUCAGCACGCCACAGCGUUACGCCCUUAUGAUGUCCGCAUUUGGCAAGCACAGGGCAUAUGCUACGAAGAGAUGGGGCGACCUCGAGAAGCCAUCGAAUGUCUCAAGCGCGCGCUCAUCGGCGCCGAUCCACAGGAGACGGUAAUCCACCUCAAGCUAGCCAAACUGCAUAACGAUCUCGACGAGUUCGCCGAGGCUGCGGCAUACCAUCACCGUGUGGCAGAGGUCUGCCGAGCUGCCAAUAAAGCUGUCGCCGAGUAUGCCAAGUCAGGAGUCUACGUCGCGCGCUACCAUCUAAUCCACGGAGGAGGGGAUAUUGCCUUGGCGAAGGAGUACCUGGAAGCGAUUGCCUCAAGCAAUGCGGAGGAAGCCACUUCACGCUCUUCAUCGCCUUCAACCGCGUCUGCGCCGCUUUCGGCGACGACUAACGAUAUACGAUCUGGCUCGUACAUCAAUGGGACCCAAUCCGCCGUUACUACCCCGGCACCAGAGCCACAAAUCCCUACGGUCGCGUCCACUUCGAAUCUGGACGCAGAACACAUAGUUGUAGAUGACGAUCCGCCCGCCGCUGCCGUCAAUGGGUCGAAGAAACGAGAUUCUCGUGCUCUGGACGACGAUUACGGUGCCCUGAGGCGGAGAUUCAAGAGGAAAUUCGAAGCACACACCCCUGCAACAUACGCAACACACGACGAGAAAGAGAUAGGGAGAGCGACAAGCUUUGCGCAGUGGUUGGCGUAUCACCAAUACGCUGCUCUUUACCCCGAUACAGAGACACCGUUCGCCGAUGCACCGGACGCCGUUAACCGUCUGCUUCCCUACCACAUCUUUCAGCAUCCGCGAGAAGACUUGGAUGGCCUGGUGACACGCCCAGUGUUCUCCAAGAAAGGCAAAGGCAAGGCCUCAAAGGCCGAUCUUUUACGAGAAGAGGUUGCUGAGACGCGAUUCGCGCUAGACUGCUGGCGCCGCAAAACGGCUCUCGAGAAGCGUUUCAGGCGCGCCCUGAUACACUCUGGAGAGCGGUCGUCUCCAGAUGAUCAGUCGUAUUUCCUGGAGCAAUCGCUCCUGGAAGAUGAGCGGCAAGAAACAGUCGCUACGCAGGCGGAGCUUCGAACUGCCCGCACCGAGCUGGAGAAAUUGGAACGCGAGCGCCGCGCAGCUGCUCCUCCUACUCCUGCCCCCCGACAGACCCGGCCAUACUAUUCAGUUUCUACAACAACGCCUUCAUCUGGGUAUUCUGCACAGUAUCGGUACUCAUAUCCUUAUGCACAAGGAUAUGGCACCUCACAGUACACAUUCUCCCCUGCUUUUCAAACCGCCCCUGCAUACCCGACGACACCUGUGGCUAGCGCCGGCGCUUAUCGCAGCUACACCCCGGCAACGCCGACGUCGUCUGCACCAUACGCAUCCCCUUACUCAACUACUACUACAUCCACUGCGCCACCUGCGACACCAACACCGAGUCAUUAUCGCACAACGACAUCCGCCAUCCCUGUGCAGUUGCCAGAGAGUUCGCUUGCCGCGCUCAGGGCAAUUGGAUUGGAACCCCUUGCCCCAGCCCCGGCAGGGCAGCCUCAGCCGGCAGCGGUCCUGAAGAGCCGGUCGGGCACGACGAUGCAGUUGGAGAUCAACGUCGGAUCUCUGCAGCCGGCACAGAUGAGCGGACUUGCGCUAAUUCUAAACGCGCUGACGUCAAAGGGCGUCACUGUGGACGGCAAUGCCAGCGCCAACUCGAGCGCCACCUCUGGAAUGUUGUCGACCUCGACGUCGGCGUCGUCGCAGAGCGCGACGUCCUGA